CUCUGCAAAAUAUGUCUGUCACAAUAUAUGAAGCGUCAGUAAAAGUUAAUCAUUAUAACUCAUUACGUUUGCCGCUCAAAUGACGUCAAAAUGUCUGGAGCUAAAAGACUCAAAGUGACUUCAGGAACGGAAGAAACGGACACCGAUAGCGAUAUAUGCAAACCAUCACUACCGCUAAAACGUUCACCACCAUCUACAAACAUUUCACGUACAUCACAAACAUUUGCGUUGUCCCUGUAUAACCUCAAGCUCCAAUUAACAAAGGAAAAAGAUGCAGUCUCAGCCGCAAAUUAUGCUAUCAAUUUUAUCAAAAAGGCAAUCGUAUCAGACUGGAUUGUUAAAAUGCAAGCAAUUUUAGAGAAUAUUAAGACCAAAAAAGGUAUAGUUACAUCGUCAAGUGGUUCGGAUAGUAGCAAGACUUCAGGAAGAAAAAAGAAAUGUGGAAAAAUACAGAUUGAACGGGUUACAACGAUGGAAGCAAUAUCGAAUAAUGGAGAACAAUUUGCAAUGGCGUUUUAUGAAUUUUACUUACAUGCUAUUGACAUCACACGUCCAAAUGAGCGACGAUACAAUUACUGCAAAGAUGCUUUGACUGCUUGGAAAAUAAUAUCAGGAGUGUUGAAAGAAUUGAAACAAGCAAUUGAAAAAAUUGAAGCAACGGAAACGGUCGAACCGAUCGAUGAUUAAAUGAAUCCAUCACAUGCACCAUUUCAGAAAAAGGAACUUCAUAACCGAAUAAUUUUUCACUUUAAUUAAUUAAUUUAUAAAUUAGGAAAUAUCAUUCAAGAUCUCCAAUACGAUGUUAAAAUUAUAAUAAACUAUUUUCUCUUUGAAACUAGAAAA